AUGAAGUUUAUCAGUCGAAAACACCAAGAUAAUGGCCGAAAUUUCACAGCAAUUACUUGUGAUUCGUGUAAAUCAUUCUUUAGGAGAACUGCCCUUAAAAAUAAGACCUGGGACCAAAUUAUAGACAACAAUUCAAUGUUAUAUCCUAUGGUAUCCAUGUUUAAUGAGGAUUGCAAUGAAACUGAUGUUACAGACAAUUCAAUCACUGAUAAUACGGUUGCCAUCAAUAGUGUAUCAGAAAUACAAUCCUCGUUCCCAUUGAUUCCCAUAUUUAAAUCGCUAACAGAUUAUAACGGAUUAAAUCAAUUGGAGUCAAACCGUAUAUUAGAGCUGUUCAACGCGUCCCGUGUUAUAGACGCAAAUUUUCCGACGCCUAAAAAUGUGGUCAAUAUAACCGAUAGUAAAGUUUUGCUCCGUUUUUCGGGAUCCAUAGCUGAAGAGCACAUCAAAAAUAUUGUCACUUUUCUUAAAGGCAUAAAUGGUUUUAAGGAAAUGUGCAAACAUGAUCAAUUUGCAAUCACCAAAUCCGUUAGUUUUAAUUUGAUGUUGGCCAGAUUCUGGUCCCAGUUUGAUAGUCUAUCAAAUAGCUAUAUCAUGCCUUUGGAUUUACAAAAUGCAAUUUGCAUUCAAUUAGGGCUAUGGUCUCAGGGAACCGAUAACAACGUUAUGGAAACUAACUUAAAGCAAUUUCUCGCCAGAUUUGUAUCCCUGGUACAAAAGGACGUGACUCGAACAACAACUUGUUGGUCGGAAUCUGAAGCCCAGACAAGACUACAGAAUCUGAUAAAUUACGGCUCAAUCACAUGUAAAUCAUGUCGAGUGUUCUUCUGGCGCGCCAUCACAAACAAUAAGGUAUUAAAGUGUCCGUCAAAAGGCAUGUGUAGUAUAGAUAAGGCGUUUCGUAGCAUUUGUCCCAAUUGUCGGCUAAACAAAUGUUUUACAGUCGGAAUGAAAAAGGAGUUUAUCAAAAGUGAAGAGCAAAAUGAGACCAAUUGUCAAUUGAAUGCCACUAUCAAUAGGAAAGGUGUCGAUUGCACUGAUAUUAUAGAGUUUAAAAACAAUGAUAACAACAAUAAUUUUGAUGAAAUUGAGGACUUAAUUACCGAAACACUGAAUAUUAGUACCGAUGGACUCGAGGAGCAAAUGAAUGAAAUUGAAAACUGUUUACAAACAAAUUGUAUGGACACUAAUAAUAAACUAAUAUCACUAAAACAUGGUAAAAACAAGUGCCAGGACUCGGCCCUAAUGCCCAUAAUCCCUGUCCUAACCGAUCACAAGGGCUGGAAUCAAAUGGAGACCAUAAAGUUGUCGGAACUGUUAACUUCGUCCCAUGUGUUCAGUUACCCGAUGGCCGACACCCGACAUAUCAUUAGAGAUAAGAUUGAGUUUUUCCGUGUAUUGUCUCAAUACACGGAAAAUAGUAUAUCGGAUGUGGUCAAAUUCACCAAGGGCCUUAAUGGCUUUACAAACAUCUCGGCCGCCGAUCAAUACAUCUUGAUUAAGCAUGGUUGUUUUGAGCUGUUGGCCCUGCGCUAUCUGGUCUAUUACGAUCACCAGUGGGAUAGAGAUCCGAUCAUCAUGGAUUUGUUAACAGCAAUUAUAUUGUUUAAUCCGAGCCGUCCAAUGCUAAUACACAAUCACUAUGUUAAACUCGAACAACAACUGUAUAUAUAUUUACUGCAAAGAUAUCUACUAUUGAAAUAUCGCUCGGAAUCUGAAUCCCAAAGAAAAGUACAACAUUUAAUGCAAUCGUUAACUCAUUUGAAACGUAUUGCAAAAUCAAAAGUACCGUUUGAAUUGAACGCAUCUAGCCAAAAUUAUGGUCAAUUGACGUGUGAAUCGUGUAAAAUGUUUUUCAGGCGAAUAUGCUUUAAAGCUAAG